UUUCUAUCAACAGACUCAGUAAAUCCCGCAGCAGAACAGGGACUGGAUCCUAUCCCUUCCCAGUUUCCCACUGUGCUUAGACUACAAUCCAUGGGCCCCAUGGGUGUGUCUGUGCUGCCCCCUGCGCCCUGGAGCAGGGCGGGCCUGUUGCUCCCUCAGCCUUUGCACCUGCUCUGCCGGUGUCUGGAGUGCUUCGUCCUCCACAAUCCCGGCUUCUUCCUUCUCACUGCUCUGACUCAGUGUCAUCUCUUGGGGGAGGUCUACCCUCAGGACCCUCGAUAAAUUAGCUGUCACCCUCCAGACCCACUGUGUGGACCCCCACCCUCUGAAACUGUCUCUAUCUGUAAUUCUUGUGACUCACGUGUGUCAGGUGAAAUUUUUCCUCUUUUCCUGGAAUUGCAGGCUGGUCCCAAAGACAGGAGUAGGCUUUCCCACUCCAUACUCAGGGAGCUGCUGGUAGCUGGGCUGACAGGUGCCACCUCGGAGAAGCAAUGCCACCCCACCCCGUGCCUCUGCAAGGAACUCGAGGAUGGUGGGGGAGCACCAUUUAGGGUGUGAGAUGGCAGACAGGUUAGCAGAAAACCCACGGAAAGGGGGCUGCAGGAUUUAGCCACUCUGUGCUCCCCUCCUGGCAGCCCGGGGCAUCCUUCUGAGCACAGCGGCACUAUGGACUCUCCAGGAUACAACUGCUUCGUGGACAGAGAUAAGAUGGACGCUGCCAUCCGGGACCUGGGGCCCAAGGAGCUGAGCUGCACCGAUCUGCAGGAACUGAAGCAGCUGGCACGCCAGGGCUACUGGGCCCAAAGCCACGCGCUGCGGGGAAAGGUGUACCAGCGCCUGAUCCGGGACAUCCCCUGCCGCACAGUCACACCCGACGCCAGCGUGUACAGCGAUAUCGUGGGCAAGAUCGUGGGCAAGCACAGCAGCAGCUGCCUGCCACUGCCUGAGUUCGUGGAUAACACGCAGGUGCCCAGCUACUGCCUGAACGCGCGCGGCGAGGGGGCCGUGCGCAAGAUCCUCCUGUGCAUCGCCAACCAGUUCCCGGACAUCUCCUUCUGCCCCGCCCUGCCGGCCGUGGUGGCCCUGCUGCUGCAUUACAGCAUCGACGAGGCCGAGUGCUUCGAGAAGGCCUGCCGCAUCCUGGCCUGUAACGAUCCAGGCCGGAGGCUGAUUGACCAGAGCUUCCUGGCCUUCGAGUCAUCCUGCAUGACAUUCGGGGACCUGGUGAACAAGUACUGCCAGGCGGCCCACAAGCUGAUGGUGGCCGUGUCGGAGGACAUCUUGCAGGUCUAUGCGGACUGGCAGCGCUGGCUGUUUGGGGAGCUGCCCCUCUGCUACUUUGCCCGGGUCUUUGACGUCUUCCUAGUGGAGGGCUACAAGGUGCUGUACCGCGUGGCACUGGCCAUCCUCAAGUUCUUCCACAAGGUGAGGGCCGGGCAGCCGCUGGAGUCGGACAGCGUGAAGCAGGACAUCCGCAUGUUCGUCAAAGACAUCGCUAAGACGGUAUCCCCCGAGAAGCUGCUGGAGAAAGCGUUCGCCAUCCGCCUCUUCUCCCGAAAGGAGAUCCAGCUCCUGCAGAUGGCCAACGAGAAAGCCCUGAAGCAGAAGGGCAUCACCGUGAAGCAGAAGAGUGUGUCACUUUCUAAAAGGCAGUUUGUGCACUUGGCCGUCCAUGCAGAGAACUUCCGCUCGGAGAUCGUCAGCGUCAGGGAGAUGAGAGACAUCUGGUCCUGGGUCCCUGAGCGCUUUGCCCUGUGCCAGCCCCUCCUGCUGUUCUCCUCCCUGCAGCACGGGUACAGCCUAGCCAGGUUCUACUUCCAGUGUGAAGGACAUGAGCCUACCCUCUUGCUCAUCAAGACCACGCAGAAGGAGGUGUGUGGCGCUUACCUCUCCACAGACUGGAGCGAGAGAAAUAAGUUUGGAGGCAAACUGGGCUUCUUUGGAACCGGAGAAUGCUUUGUGUUUAGGCUGCAGCCGGAGGUGCAGCGCUACGAGUGGGUGGUGAUUAAGCACCCCGAGCUGACCAAGCCCACGCCCUUGAUGGCAGCCGAGCCCACCGCCCCGCUUAGCCACUCCACCUCUUCAGACCCCGCCGACCGCCUCUCGCCCUUCCUGGCCACUCGCCACUUCAACCUGCCCUCCAAGACCGAGUCCAUGUUCAUGGCUGGGGGCAGCGACUGCCUCAUCAUUGGGGGAGGGGGUGGCCAGGCACUCUACAUCGAUGGGGACCUGAACCGGGGCCGUACAAGCCACUGCGACACCUUCAACAACCAGCCCCUCUGCUCCGAGAACUUCCUCAUUGCUGCCGUGGAGGCCUGGGGCUUCCAGGAUCCUGACACCCAGUAACGGCCUGUGCCACGGUGACUGAGCCGAGGUGGGGUGGUGAGCUGGAGGCUGGGCUGCCACCUCAGGCAGCAGAGAGCAGAUGAGACCCCCAUGUGGUGGGCGGGGUUGGGGGACAGCAGGGCCCCAUGACUGAGCCUAGCACUGCCCAGACCUGCUGCUGCCUCUACCCGGGGUUGUGCUGGGCUUCCCCAGUCCACCUGCACUGGGGUCAGAGCCGGACGGGCUGCCAUGCCCCCAGCCCCACCCAGGGCUGGCAUAGAAAGCACCUUCCUCCUCCGUGGAGGCGUCCUGAGCUCAAGGCCUUGGGAGUGCCUGGACCUUGCCGCCCCUGAGCCUCUCCUGCAGCCUGAGCCCCUGGGGUGGGAGUGGAAUGGCAGCGGGAACGUGCCGCCAGGGGUGGGCUUGUGGUGCCCCCUGCUGGUGACAAGUAGCAUCGCGCCCUCCCCAGCAGGGCCCUGCAGCCUGGCUGGCUGGCGGCUGAAUCCCAGCGUAGAUCCUGAGAAGAGACUGGCACCCUUAGGCCUGCCGCCUGGUGGGACCCCACCCCCUGCUCCAGGCCUUUGCCCCAGCUCCAUCCCUAGGCCUCCUGGCCAGCUCUCAUAGUAACCCUGCUUGGCCAGCUCUGAGGCUCCCCUGGGCUGCAUUUAGGAGCUGCUGGGUGAGAAGAGGGGGGGAUUUGUGCGGGGCUCCUCCCUCAGAGAGGGUGGGGGCUGGAGGGGAUGUGACAUGUCCUUGUGUUUCUGCAGAGCCUGAAGCUUUUGCUGGGCCUCCCUGUGUGUUCUCGUCUGAAGAGGUGGCCCUGGUACAGGCCCCCAUGGACCGACUCAGACCAGCAAGCUCCAUUUCCAGGGGUCUGCCCAGAGAAGCCGGGACCCAGGGUGCUUCUCAGCCCCUCCCUUCCAGCCCAGGCCUCCCUGAGCUCCUGCAGCCUCUGUGGCCACCCAUUUUACCUCUUUGUCUUUGCCGUGACCUGGGGCCCAGGAUCACGUCCAAGCCCCUCUUUGUGGCAUGCUCAUCUCUGUCCAGCCCCAGCUGCUUCUCUGCCCUGCGCCCUCCCCAGGCCCUGGUCACACAGUACCGAGGUCCUCAGCCACCUUGCAUGGAUGCAUGUCCUCCCUCUGUCCCUCUCCUGGUGCUGUGGCUGGCCACAUGUCAGGGUUUUCUGUGCAUCUCUUACCUGACAGCCUUUGGGCCCCUGGGCCUCUGCCCUGCCUGAGCCCUGUGCUGGCCAGAUGCAGGUAGACACCAAGGGAGGCCUUGCCUCUGGGUACUGCAGGGGGCAGCCCCCCACCUUGUGACCUCCUUCAGCUGGUCUUGAGGGUCUGGGCACCACGGAGGGGAGAAGGGAGAAGCAGAGACCCAAGUGGCUGUUCUGGGACCCUGGAGGCCUGGGUCAGAGACACAGGUGCCAGCAGUCCUGCCCCCAUCCCCAUCCCUGCUUGCCUCCAGCCAGUGCCACUUGGGGUCCCCUGCACCAUGCUGCUGUCCAUCCCCACACCGUUGCCUGCUCCUCCUGUGGGCUUUCAGCCUUCCCUGACCAUCUGCUCACGUAGCCUCUGACUGGGCUCAUAGCGGGGCAGGAGGAAGAACCUGGAACCUUGUGUGGCUUCAGGCAAGCUGACACACCUGUCUGGAACUCAGUUUCCCCAACUGUGAAAUGGGGCCAGUCCCCCUGCCCUGCAGUCCUCCUCACGGGACUGUUGAGAGGCUCAGAGGGGAAGGUGUGAAUCCCCCUCACUGGGAGAGGCAUGGGAGGGAAGCUGCCACUCAUCCCUCACGGCACACUGCAGCCCUCCAAGCCCCAGCCUCUGAGCCACCCCCAAGGCCUUGUUUGUACCGCCAGCGUUGGUGUUCAUUACACACGGUCUUGCUGCAUCAGCUCCAGGAGUCCGAGCGUCUGGUCUCCAUGAGUCUGGUCUCUUCAGCCACCGGGGCCUCCAGGGGCUUCCUGGGCCUGUAGCCAAGCGGGUGUGGGAGGCUGCCCACUGAGGUGCUCACCCACAUUCUACAGCGGGAACACUGCAAGCUCUUCCAGAGGGAGCCUUCCAGGAGCAGGGAAGUCACAUCUAAGGACCAUUUGUAGGUUUCCCUCUGCAAACUUCCUGAACUGGUUGGUGAUUUCUCUGGCGAGUUAAGUCCAGCAGGUUCUGCCUGGCUGCCCCGGGGGCCCUGUCCGGCCCUUGUCGGUGAUCCUGAUCAGGAGGAAGGAUUGCUGCUGGGUCAUGAUUUCCACAUGAUGAGCGAAGUUCUUUGUUUUGUGUGUGCAUGCAAAAUAUGGUUUCUUUAAAUUUCAUAUCUUUUCCUAACUUUUCUACUAACCCAGAAGGCAUAUGUGAUUAUUUCUUUUUUAUUCUUAUCAUUGUACUUGUUAUUAUCUGAUACUAGGUAUUCCCAAAUAGAACAUAAUUUAUUUUCUUAAUGUUCUCUAUUUCUUCUUGAUUAUUUAUUAGCUUUGGAUGUUAAAAAUUAGCCAAAAGUGGCUGCUCUGCCUAUGAAGUAGCCAUUCUUUAUU